CAUUUAAUAUUAUGGGAGUCUAUAUAUAUCUUUAAAAUGCUUUCUGUUGUUAUUCCCAUGAUAACUUUUGACUAUUACUCUCUUUCAAAUUUCAGAUAACUUCUUGGGACUUAACUAAUCAUGGACAAUCUAAGCAUCUAUGGCCAUCUCGACGGUAACUUGCAGAAAAUUACAAAGGUUACGUGUCUUCGAGAAAAAAAUGUAAUUGUGGUGAUUCAUGAUGAGCAAGAAGUUAAUCGUAUUUUUAUGCAUGGGGUAUGCCUACCAAUGCCAUUAUUACUUUACUCCCUUUAUACUGUAAGGGGUCAACGAAUUGAUAAAAGGGAUGUGGUGUCAUACAAUACAUACCUUUCGAGAAAAUAUAAUUCUCAUAUCAAUGUAGAAGUUUGUCCUGGAAUAAAAUCUGUUAAGUAUAUUCACAAGUACAUCUACAAAGGUCGUGAUCGUACCAUGAUGGUGUUGAGAGACGAAUAAACAAGAUAUAGAAUUAAGGUAACUAUUAUUAGUCAUCAUUUUACUUUUACAAGAAGAAAUUCUUGCUCAUUAAUUUUUUUUUUAGGCUGUUAUUCAUGUUCCUAAUUGUGCUUUUUGGAUGAAGUAGAUAUGCGUUGGUACAAAAACUCUUGGGAGGCAGAUGGAGAGACAAAUUUCAAGACAAUAAGAUCUAUGUUGAACACCUUUUUUUUCCCCUACGUAGUGUAUCAGA